AGGAUACCAGUUUAAAAAGGGUUAAAAAUGGAGUCCACACAAUCUAAAGGGAGAAACAAACAUUUCGUUUUGAAAAAAAGACGCCGAAGGACAAUAAUUAAUUCCAAAGACCUUGAAAAGCUGGAAAGUUUAUUUAAAACCUCAAAAUGGCCAGACAGGGCUCAAAAAGUAAGAUUGUCGAAAGCAAUAGGGAAAACUGAAAAUUUUAUAAGCACAUGGUUUCAGAAUAGACGAGCAAGAAUGAGACGUCUGGCUAGACAAAAAGAUUUAUUGGAUGACGUUGAUGUAGGUAAUCCUAAACGUCAAGUUGACCUAAAAGCCACUGCUGUUUCGGUAGACGAGUCUAGGAGGCUACACAAAUACAGAUCUAGAUCCUAUAGUUUUCCCAAUAUCCAUCUCAAUGAUGCAACACCAACACACGUGCCUGAUGUUAAUAAUCGACAUGAUGAUGCCACACAAACAACAAAUGACGCAACGUUGGAUCCAUAUGUCAAUGCCCAAGAAACCAGCGAACAGUUGACAGUUGCGUCCAGAGAAGAGAGGAGUAGAAGUGGACCACUUACAAACACUCUUGGAAGUAAAACUACGGCGUUUGUGAAAAUGACCAAAGCUCCAAAUGACGUUGUACCAUCUGAACGACGCAUAUUGGUAGAAACACCUAAAGAAGUACCAUGUUCUACCGACUCUACGUCCUGGGAUAACGUAUUCCGGAGAAUCGUCGAUAUGAUGGCAGCUUCGGAAUCUGUUAUGCCAAAGUCAGACGCGUCAUUUCCGUUUGCAGUUAAAGAUGCAGCACUUGGCAUCCGUCUGAAGGAUGGAAAACUAUACUACAGCAAACAAUAUGGACUAGACUUUGAGGAUUCGAACUAAAAUAGACAGUUGACGGUGGAAAAGGGAACACUUUUAUUUAUUGCCAUGUUGCCCAAUAGAUUCGAUCGUAAUGUAUAUAUGGUAGCCAUUUUACCACUUAUAAUAUAAAUUCAUUAACUCUGU